UGAGAAAACCACAGCAUCUCGACAGACCCAAAUUUAUUUUUUAACAAACAAACCCAACAAGGACCAGUGUUUGAAUUUGAAUUGAAAAAGGAAUACAGUUUAGAACAACUGCCAGCUAUUGAAAGUUGACAAGUUUUUCAAAAAACAAAAAUGUUACAUAUUGGACAGAAUAGAAAAAAGCUUGCAGUUUUGUUGGCUCUGCUUUUGGGGAGUCAACUGUGCAUUGCUCAAACCGGAUACAACUACCCACGCCCGGAAGUUCCGCUUGGUAAUAGCGCUCCAGGCAUAUCAAGCACAUCAAGUGGAAGCUCGGUUCGACCGGUUGUUGGGUUUCCAACAGCUGCAACAGGAGCUGGUUUUUCACCUAGCCCUAGUUAUGGCGGAAGCGUAGGACCAACUGCUCCGUCAUUUGGUUUUUCUCCAGCUCAGAGGACCGCAUCAGCAUUUGGUUCAACAGGCACAGCCUUUGGUAGUAAUCGUGCGACAUCUGAUAUAACUACAACUGGUUUUCCAAAUACCAGUGGAAUAGGAAAGCGUCCGACAAUUCCACCACGUUCUGGUGGUAUUUAUGGAAGUGGAUCAUCUGGUCUCGGAUCACAGCAGCAGCAGCAGCAACAAUACUCAAGUGGAGAUCAAUUUGAAGGUGAUUACUCAGCAAUUCCUGGUGAGCCUGGUGUUAACUAUCCAGUAUAUGCGGAAGUACCACCAACAUCAUUUGACUGCAACCAACAGCAAUAUCCUGGUUACUACUCCGAUGUGGAAGCUCAAUGUCAAGUUUUUCACAUAUGUGCUCUUAAUCGUACUUACUCGUUUCUUUGUCCAAAUGGAACUAUUUUUAGCCAAGAGACUCUGGUUUGUGUUUGGUGGAAUAUGUUUGAUUGUGCUUUAUCACCUGGUCUAUAUUCUAACAACGCCUUCAUUUACGAUUACUUGCAACCAACAGAGGCUCGCCCAGCUACUGGAGGUUCAUAUUCCGGUGGUGGUUUGACCAAUUCUAAUAGAGCCCAAAGUGGCUUCCAGGGCAGCGGAAGAACCAGCGCAGCUACUGGUGGUGGCGGCGUUUUCUCUGGAAACGUCCGACCUACGGUACCCAAUGCUUCGUUUGGUGGCGUAACAAGUGGAGUAACUCCAGUUGGAACUACGGCAUUUCCCAGUGGAGCCUCUGGAACAGGUAGAUUUUCCGGCACAGGUAAUGCGCCCACUGGUGGAGCCUUUCCUACAGGUCCACCCGCAACAGCACCAGCCUUCGGAACGACAAUUCGCACCGGUUUCACGCCAAUACAAGAUGCGACGUUCCCAUCUCCACAGGUUUCUCCAACAACUACUAACCGAGAAUACUUGCCACCAAGACGACCUUAGGAAAUUAAAACGAAUGAUUGAUCACCUUAGUUUGGACUAGCGCACAACACCCACCACAAAACAUUUAAAAAAUAAUAAUAUUUUAAAAUAAGGAUUAACAUAGAUGCAUUUUAUUGCUUAUAAGUUUUUAAUUUUGCAAAAGUUUAUAAAAAUAAAAUUACAUAAUUUUUAAAAAUUA